CUUGCUCGUAGCAGGGAAGCAAAGGAGAAAUCUCCCAGCCUCUGCUGCUUCCCACAACUCACCCCCUCCAACACCCCCACGCCCGCCGCCGCCUCCUCCGCCUCUCCCCUCCCCUCCUCCGCAAUCGGGAAUAAAUCAGGGAAGGAGCGAGCCGCGCACGCCAGAGCGAGCAGAGAUCUGUUCCAAAAGUAGCCCUGAUGGCGGCGGAUCGGAUGGAGCCGGAGCUGCCGCUGGAGUAGCGGCGAGUCAGAGUAUCUCCCUGGAUCCCCCGCUCCACCCACAGAUCUCAAUCGGUCUCCUCCCCACCCCCAGCUCCGGUCCCUGCUGCUGUGCCCAUCGCUGGGCGGCUCCUCGGAGAAGGGGGGACACUUUAAAAAGCAAAACAAUCCCCUACUCAUUUAAUUUUAUUAUUUGUUCCGUCUCCGUGACUGGGGGGAAUCGAUCUUCGAUCAGGAAGAUGGCUGCUGGCUGGCUGCUAGUCUUUAGUCUGACACUUUUCCAGUCCCUGGUGAUGAACCUGUCCUCCGAAGGACCCUUCCCUUCUGCCACAACAAUAAAGUCAUGGGUGGAUAAAAUGCAAGUCGAUCUUGUAACGUUGGCAAGAAGCGCAAGUGGGGUGGACGAGCUUGCCAAGAUUUAUACGAAAUACAGUGAUCUGUAUACAGUGGAAGCCAACAAUGCACGUGACUUGGUGGAAAUUGCAGCCAGCAAUAUUGAAAAACUACUGAGUAACAGAUCAAAAGCCCUGGUGAACCUUGCAAAAGAAGCAGAGACAUUUCAAGCAGCACAUCAGUGGAGGGAUGAGUUUGGGGGAAAUAACCAAAUUUAUAACAAAAAUAAAGAGAAAAGGAAUGACUCUGAAAAGAACGAGAGUGAAUCUGGAAGCCAGAAAAUCAGACCAGUGUUUGAAGAAGAUGCUGUUUUUGGACGACAAAUAUCUUACCAGCAUGCAGCAGUCCACAUACCAACAGAUAUUUACGAAGGCUCUACAAUAGUGUUAAAUGAACUCAACUGGACUGGAGCAUUGGAUGAGGUAUUCAAAAAGAACAGAGAAGAAGACCCAACUUUGUUAUGGCAGGUUUUUGGCAGUGCGACUGGCCUCGCCCGGUAUUAUCCAGCCUCCCCAUGGGUAGAUAAAAGCCGAACUCCAAACAAGAUAGAUCUAUAUGAUGUUCGCAGAAGACCAUGGUACAUCCAAGGAGCUGCAUCUCCAAAAGACAUGCUUAUUUUAGUUGAUGCGAGUGGGAGCGUUAGUGGACUGACACUGAAGUUGAUCCGAACCUCCGUCAUUGAGAUGCUAGAAACGUUGUCAGAUGAUGAUUUCGUGAAUGUAGUUUCAUUUAACAAUAACGCUCAGAAUGUCAGUUGCUUUAAUCAUCUUGUCCAAGCUAAUGUGAGGAACAAGAAGAAGCUGAAAGAGGCAGUCUACAAAAUCUCAGCUAAAGGAAUCACUGACUACAAGAAAGGCUUUACCUAUGCUUUUGAACAGUUGCAAAAUCACAGUGGCUCUAGAGCUAAUUGCAAUAAGAUCAUUAUGUUGUUUACUGAUGGUGGUGAAGAAAGAGCACAAGAGAUUUUCCACAGAUACAACAAAGACAAAAAAGUACGUGUAUUCACAUUUUCUGUUGGUCAACAUAAUUAUGACAAAGGACCCAUACAAUGGAUGGCCUGCCAAAAUAAAGGUUACUAUUAUGAAAUUCCUUCCAUUGGAGCGAUAAGAAUAAACACACAGGAAUAUUUGGACGUUUUGGGGAGACCGAUGGUUUUAGCUGGAGAUAAAGCAAAACAAGUCCAGUGGACCAAUGUGUAUUUGGAUGCACUGGAACUGGGCCUUGUCAUUACUGGGACUCUGCCUGUCUUUAAUCGAACAGUAGACCAACAAGGGAACAAGAACCAGCUGAUUCUUGGAGUUAUGGGAGUUGAUGUCUCUUUGGAGGACAUAAAAAAACUGACACCACGGUUUACAUUGUGCCCAAAUGGUUACUAUUUUGCAAUUGACCCUAAUGGUUAUGUUUUACUUCAUCCAGAUCUUCAACCAAAGAAUCCUAAAUCUCAGGAGCCCGUUACACUGGAUUUUCUGGAUGCUGAGCUAGAAAAUGAUAUUAAAGUUGAGAUUCGGAAAAAAAUGAUAGAUGGAGAAAGUGGGGAAAGAACAUUUAAAACAUUGGUCAAGUCUCAAGAUGAGAGGUAUAUUGACAAAGGAAAUCGAACGUAUACAUGGACCGCUGUGAAUGGCACAGAUUACAGUUUGGCCUUGGUAUUACCAUCCUACAGCUUUUACUACAUUAAAGCCAAAAUAGAAGAACCAAUAACUCAGGCCAGAUAUUCAGAAACUCUAAAGAUUGAUCACUUUGAUGAAGCUGGCUAUACCUUUAUAGCACCAAGAGAAUACUGUAAUGAUGUAAAAGUAUCAUACAACAACACUGAAUUUCUUUUAAAUUUCAAUGAGUUUAUUGAUCGAAAUACCCCAAACAGCCCUUCAUGUAAUGCUGAUAUGGUCAUUAGAGUUUUGCUGGAUGCAGGAUUUACAAAUGAACUAGUCCAGGAUUAUUGGAGUAAGCAAUCUCUCAAUGGAGUUGUUGCACAAUUUGUGGUUACGGAUGGUGGAAUCACUAGAGUUUUCCCUAAAAGGGCAGGAGAUGAUUGGACAGAAAAUCCUGAAACUUACGAAGUCAGUUUCUAUAAACGGAGCUUGGAUAAUGACAACUAUAUCUUCACAGCUCCAUACUACAACAAAAGUGAAGCCAGUAGCUAUGAAACAGGCAUUAUGGUGAGCAAGGCUGUGGAAAUAACCAUUGGUGGAAAACUUCUUAAACCCGCAGUUGUUGGAAUAAAAAUUGAUGCAACCAGCUGGAUGGAAAAUUUCACCAAAACCACAACCAAGAGCCUGUGCAACAGUGAACUUUGUGGCUGUGAAAGAAACAGUAUGCACCUGGAUUGUGUUGUUCUUGAUGACGGUGGAUUUCUUUUGAUGUCAAAUCAGGAUGAAUAUACCCAACAGAUUGGACGAUUCUUUGGUGAGAUUGACCCUGACCUGAUGCGAAACCUCAUUAACAUGUCCUUAUACGCCUUUAACAAGUCGUACGACUAUCAGUCUGUGUGUGAUCCUGAAGAAGAACCAAAGCAAGGAGCUGGUCUUCGUUCUGCAUACGUACCUACAGUAGCGGAAAUUUUGCAUGUCGGAUGGUGGGCCUCUGCAGCCGCUUGGUCUAUCUUGCAACAGCUGUUUUUGGGCCUGACUUUUCCACGUUUCCUUGAGGCAGCGGAAGCAGAUGAUGAGGAUUACGCUACUAUCCUAUCCAAACAGAGCUGCAUUACUGAGCAAACUCAGUAUUUCUUUGAAAAUGAUGAUAAAUCCUUCAGUGGGAUUGUAGACUGUAUAAACUGUUCCAGACUUUAUCAUGCAGAAAAGCUUUCACACACCAAUCUAGUAUUUAUAAUUAGUGACAGCCAACGGAUGUGCCGCUCUUGUGACCCAAAGCCAUUGAUGCAAGCAGAAAAGCCGGAUGAAGGGCCAAAUCCUUGUGAAAUGGUGAAGCAGCCCAGAUACCGAAAGGGGCCUGAUGUCUGCUUUGAUAACGAUAAUGCGGAAGAUUCGUCAGACUGUGGUGGGGUCUCUGGACUGAGCCCACCAUUCUGGUCUAUGAUAGGAAUCCAGUUUGUCCUGCUUUGGCUGUUAUCUGGCAGCAGACAUGGCCAGUUAUGACCCUGUGAAACCAAAACCUGCAUAACUAAUCAAGACCCUGCCAAAACGUUAGCCCUCACUUUCAUUAUCAAAGGGUCAGCUAUUCAGACAGCAGAAGAACAGCAAUGCCCAUAACUUGGUAUCAGUCUAUGUGAAAGAUUCAUAAAGGCACCCACAGUGGCUGCAUGUUGGAGUGUCAGAUCGUUAAACAUGUGUGAAUGCUGCAUCAUCUCUGCCAUCAGAACAGAAUUCUAUAUGUGCUUUAUUGAGGAAUCUAAGAUUUUUGUGUUCAUUGUUGUAUCGUUGAUGACUUCAUGUAAAAGGGCUCCCCUUAAAAUAGCUUAUGUAUGAUAUGAUUUCCAUUUAUUUUGAUCUUAGCAUUGAAUUUGUUGCAAACCCUAUAUGCUUUUACAUGAACACUUGUGAAAUCACAUUUCUUUAACCCUCCUCUUUUAUUGUAUUAAUACCAUUACAGCUGCUUUGAACAUCAGUUGUGUUCAGAAUAUAAAUAGUUGGCAGACUUCAGUUCGUACAAAACAGCUUAGUGAAUUGAAACUAUCGGCUAGUCUUCUCCAGAAGUUCACCAAGACUGAAAUGCCUUACAAUGAGUGGUUUAUUCUGCCAAAAUUAAUCAAAACAGGUGGCUAGCUAAGUUUUGGUAGGUUCAUAAACUGUUGGUUUUAAAAUAAAACAAAACAAAAAAGCAAGCAAGAAGCUACUGAAUUUUGAAAUAUAAAGGUGUUUGAGAGUAACCAAGUGAUUUUUUUCCUCCUGAACUCGGUGUCAUGUCCCUUUCAGAAAGCUGUUAAUUUCCAUGUAAUGAUCAGUGCUCUCUUCGCAGUGCAGUUCCGUAACGCUAGCCAAAUCCUUCAAAAUGCUCAAACGAAAAAGCUUGUGAAUACAAAAUGUCUUUGUGAUUAUUGAACGUUGGUUUCCAAGGGUAUUUUGCAUGAUGAUGCUGCUACUUUAUUGUUUUUAAGUUUGUUUUCUUGAAUGGUAGAGUAUAGUCCAUUGAAAAGGUAACUGAGUGAUUCUUUUGUUGUGUGAGAAACUGAACAUUGCAAUGUGAUGCAAUUAAAUAAUCUUAAAUUAUAUUGUUAAACAGAGCUCUGAAUAUACUGUGCAAUGAAAAAGCUAAGAAAGUAGCGUAAAUUUAGUUGGCUGGACAAAAGGGAUGAGAUGGAUUUUAUACAGAUUAGUGCUCUCACAUGAAAACCUAUGUACAGAUAUUUUAAGUAUAUAAAAAUCAGAUUUGACACAUUUAUUUUUGAAGAGUAUAUGUUGUUCUGAGAUUCAUGCCAGGUUCCCCUUUUGUUUUCAUGGCAUGGUAGCACCCCUUAAUGUUUAAACUCCUAUUAUUGCUAUUUUAUAUUGAAUAUAGCAAGCUUAAUAGAGCAAGAUUUCCUGGCUGCUGAAAUUAGAACGAAAUCCGAACAAAUGGGGAGCCUUGAAUCUAUAUGUAUGCACAUUGAUACUUGAUUGUGAAUAACAAUAAAAAACAAUUGUUUUAUACAAA